AAACUGAUGGAAGCAAAUUAUUACAGUGCAGUUUAUGCAACCAAGGCAGCUAUUGGCUCAAUGGUGCAACAGCAAGGUGGUAGAGUUGUGUUUUUGUCAUCUCAGGCUGGACAGAUAGGACUGUUUGGAUUCUCUGCAUAUUCAGCCUCUAAAUUUGCUCUGAGGGGAAUGGCUGAAGCUUUACAGAUGGAAAUGACACCUCACAAUGUGAGAGUAACAGUAGCAUUUCCCCCAGAUACAGAUACUCCUGGUUUUCAGCAAGAAUUGCAGGGGAAGCCAAAAGAGACAAUAUUGAUAUCUGAGACUGCUGGAUUGCUGAAACCACAACAUGUUGCACAAACAAUACUCAAAGAUUCACUG